CAUGUGCUCUACCGUGGGACUUCCUCAUUGGCCAGCCGUCUCCAUACACCUAGACUUCCCGCUUCCUCUUCCCAUUGGCUUUCCAGUCCCAGACUCGGCUCACCCGACGCUGAUUGGCCACCGGGCAGUGAGGCGGGGCUUGGGCGGGUUAAGAGCGCGGCGCUGACCGCGCGCGCGCCUAGCAUUUUCAAUGGCCGGGCAGGGGCUGGCGGCGGGCUUCCUGCAGGUGCCCACGGUGACGCGAGCCUACACCGCGGCCUGCGUCCUUACCACCGCUGCAGUGCUGGAACUCCUCAGCCCCUUCCAGCUCUACUUCAACCCGCACCUGGUGUUCCGGAAAUUCCAGGUUUGGAGGCUCAUCACUACCUUCCUCUUCUUUGGGCCACUGGGAUUCGGCUUCUUCUUCAACAUGCUCUUCGUGUUCCGCUACUGCCGCAUGCUGGAGGAGGGUUCCUUCCGGGGUCGCAAGGCCGACUUCGUCUUCAUGUUUCUCUUUGGUGGUGUUCUUAUGACUCUGCUGGGAUUCCUGGGCAGCCUCUUUUUCCUGGGACAGGCCCUCAUGGCCAUGCUGGUCUAUGUGUGGAGCCGGCGCAGUCCUCAUGUGAGGGUCAACUUCUUUGGCUUACUCAACUUCCAGGCUCCAUUCCUGCCCUGGGCCCUCAUGGGCUUCUCGAUGCUGCUGGGCAACUCAGUCCUCACAGACCUGCUAGGGAUUGUUGUGGGUCACAUCUACUACUUCCUAGAAGAUGUCUUUCCCAACCAGCCUGGAGGCAAGAGACUGCUGCUGACCCCCAACUUCCUGAAGCUACUACUAGACGACCCUCAGGAGGACCCCAAUUACCUGCCCCUUCCAGAAGAGCAACCAGAGCCCUAACUGCAGCUCUUGGAGCAGUAAGCCUACCUGGUCAGCCUGAGGCUUCUGGCAGGGCUCUACCUUCUACAGCCAAACAACCCAUCUAGAAGGCUGGUCCCAACGAUGGGUGCCUCAGCCAGCAACACCCUCCACUCCUCUGUACCAUCUCUCUGCUCACUGUAGGUGGUAGGACAUGGGGCCCAGAGUGGUUGACUGCCUACGGAUGCCUAGCAGAGCUCUAACUCACCAACUACAGACCCACAGUUCUCAUUUUCAUGCUGCCAGUGCCUUGAAGGAGCACCGGAACAUGUCCUAAGCAUCCACGAUCAUGCCCAGCCUACAGGUACCCUGGCUGCGGUACCUGUGGGCAAUGCCCAUCCUCCUAGGUUCUGUCCUCCUUUAAAGCAGGUCUUCAUGGUCUUCUCUGGGCUCAGAUGCAAAGAACAAGUUUGGUCCUCUACUGCUCUGGGAGCCCAGAACCUGAGCUCCAUGUUACUAGCACCCUGUGUAUAGAGGAAGUUCUGGGACAUUCUGUUUGCUGAAGGCCUGAGAGUCCUUCCUACCCGCAUCUCCUCUGAACCGAGGAUGUCAAUGUGGCCAGUUUUCCUUGAUGCUCUACAUGUGCCCCACUGGGGUUUACUCCUUAUGCCCAAGAGCAUGGGAGUUCCCCAAACCACUGCCUAUUGUUUCUAUGGUAACAAAAAUGUUUUCUACUGAGUCUGA